UUAAGCUCACGGUAAGGAUGUGAAAAAGUGAAGUUUAUGCGUUUCACUUUUCUUCGGGUUUGUUUGCAUGAAAUGUUGUAACUAAUAAUGCAGUGGCUUAAAAUCAAGCUACUGGUUGCAUGUGUUACAGGUUUCACCCUGAGCUCUGCAGUUCAUUUCUUUAUUUUCCCACCAUCUCUAACUGCUCUGGUUGGCCAGAUGGUUCAGUUCAAUUGUAUAUUGGAAGAUGGACAAAGCUGCCCAACUCCCCAAUUACUUUGGCGCCACAGACAUUCAUUUCCAAAUGGCACUGAAGGAAAUGAAAGAGAUAUUAGGACUGAAAAUCAGUACUCUAUUUUAAAUAAUCUGUCGGCUAGCAUUCUGAAAAUUACAGCGGUGAAGCCCUCUGAUGCUGGACACUUCAUCUGUUCUGGGAUUUGUAUUGGAACAGGACUUGUGAAAUUACGAAAUGAGUCCUACCUCACUGUCAAAGCCAUUCCUAAGGUCAAGAUUUUUCCUCCAUUGCCAGCUAAUGAUCUGCAGAUAAAGACUUUCAUAUGCAGUGCUGUGGGUUUUUACCCUCCUAAUAUUACCAUCUUUUGGGAACAUUCUCCAUCUGUCAAGUCUACCUUGAUCAAGGAAGAAAAUCACACAGUCCUUCCAGAUGGCACCUAUAGCACCAAGUCCUCCCUUGAGAUCAGAUCCACAUUGUGGAGUUCAAGGAUGGAGAUCACGUGUGUGGUGAACCACAGCUCUCUAACACAGCCACUUAGAGAAAGCAUUAAAGUAGAUGAGGUGGAUUCAUGGUAUUGGUAUUGGUAUCUGCUUUUACUUCUUAUCAUUCCCCUUCUUAUUUUACCAUUUCUGCUGGUGAAAAUCUAUAAGGCAUGUCAGAAAAGAGGAGAAGUGCAGCUCAAUGACCAUGCAAAGGACAAACAGGAGGAUCAAUUAUGGUAUGCUUCAGUACAACCAGCGAGACAAAUGACGCAAGACAUGGAAGAUGGGUUUUCUGCACAUAGCACAGUCAGACCAUCAACUGUAAAGAGGCGAGAACCACCUUCAGACAACUGUGAGGAAACUGUGAGCUAUGCCACCUUAGCCUUCAGACACUCAUAAGACACUCAACCAUUGUAAAUGGAGAUGACGAGAGAAGUGAGAAGAUUAGUCUACCGUUUGAUAUGACAUGAUAUAACAUCUGGAUCCUCUACUGGUGACUCUUCGUUAGUAGCUAAUAAAUUCAUGCUAAUAUUGUAUCUACUUUCAUCUGCAUUAUGUUAGUCAAUAAAGAUGUGAGAAAAUUACUCAGUCCUUUAUGGUCCUUAAGAAGUCUGUUAGAUCACUCUUCUCUGGUCUUAUGUACUCUACAAACUGCCCGGUAAAACAUACUGUAUGCUUAUUUUAAAACUUUUAUACUAAAUUAAGUCCAAACUUACCUUUUUUUAAAUAUUUAACUUAGAUUAGAUCUAAGAUUGUUUAACAGAGAUGGAAAAAAAAGGUUAUCUUGUAUAGGCUUACCUUGGCACCUGGCAAUCAUGCAGAAACCAAGUAAAUGAACAGAAUGCUAAGAGACAGUGAAAAAAAAUAAAAAUUAAAGUAAAUUAAAGAGGAGAGAAACCUAUUAAGUCAUUUUAAUUUGUAGUGCUGAUUACCACCAACCUACUUCACAUAUUAAUUUAUUAAAUGCCGUAGUAGAAUUGAGUGGACGGGUGAAUUACGUAAGCAUUCAAAGUCAUAAAGUAAGUCAACCAUCUUUUGCAGGAAGGAAGUUGGCCAAUUCUUUUGUCUAAAAUAACGUUUGUAAUACUCUGUUUCCAUGACCAAAGAUGCCACAAGAAGGUGCCAGGCACAUUUAAGAUACAUAGAUGGCAAAGCAAGUCUGAAGUCAGACUGAUUAAGUGGAGCUUGGAGGUGUGUUGGAUAUUAUCUAAGUAUAAUUUUGACCUGAACUUGCGUCAUGCAGUUCAUGGAUAGCUUUAAUGUUAAAACUGGUAAAUGUUCUCUGAGUUUUUCUUUUCUCUUAGAUUGUCAUCUCGCAUCAUUUAACCUUCAGUGUGCAAAUAAUUUUAAUCUGCAGUUCACUCCAUUCUAAACUUGAUAAGCACAUUAUCUGGAAUCCACACUCUUCACUUAGUUUUAUACAUGCCAAGUGAAUUGCGUCUGAUUCAGGAUACAUUUUCAUUUGAAACUUUUCUUAUACCUAUUUAAUGUAAUAGCUGCACAGCCAUUUUUGUUAGAACUCCAUAAAACUACUUCUUUUAUUCACAUACUGUUUUACUUUUCUUUAAUGAUAGCAACCAACUCAUGUAAGAUUAAUCAGCUAAUCAACUUUCUGUUGUGGGGGCCAAUUUUGAUGCGAGCUUUGUUUCCACAACAGUCACUUCCUCUGUGGCGUUUCAUUUUCUAGUUCAUCUUACUGCUGAUAGAGCUGGAUUUCUUUUAAUUAUUUUGCAAUUCACAUGCUUUGUUGCUUAAUAACUAAACAGGUACAUUGUGUAGGCCGGCUAUGAUUGUGUCAUUGCUGUCUAAUCAAAUUUUAACAUUUUAAUAGA